CCCGGAUGGAAUAGAGAUACUGACAAGCAACUGACAGUGGGACUACAUGUGUUGACUGAAAGGAGUUUCGGAUCCAUUUCAUUUCACCGGCGUCUCUAUCUCCACAGCGGCGGUGGUAGCGGCUGGUGGAAGUGAAAUACUUCAGAACUCACUUCUGAUUAGUAUGGCGUAUAGAAGAAGGCCAGGAUUUGUCAAGGAUUCGAUGUUGAGGGAAGAAAUUGCAAUCCCAAACCCUAACUCAAAUAGGCCUAAUGAUCCUUUAUCUCCACCGGGAGACAGCUCAUCAUCCUCUUCCACUCCCACGAUGGCUACAGAGUCUCUCGCUGCCAAAGCCAUCAGAGCAUCAUCUGCUCACCGUGAAUCUUCGCUCUCUUCGGCUUACGGUCAAUCCGCUAUUUCACCAAGGCAAGCCAAGUCCAAUCCUGUUCGAUCUUCUUAUUCAUCUUCCGCUAAGGAUUCAACAAGAUAUGAUUACACAUCAACAAAGAAUUCAGAUGAAACCAUACGUGGUUUUUGGGGUGCUCUUGCUAGAAAAGCCAGGGCCAUCAUUGAGGAUGAUGAUGAUGUUCCCCAGCAAUAUGAAACUCCUGAAAGGAGAAGACAGCAGCUGUCUGACAUUGAAGCAAAAGGCCAGGCUAGAAGUAAAGAAAUCGGUUCAAGUCAGUAUCAGUUGCCAGAUAAUCAACAAAAGGCAGGCAAUCCUCCAUUCCAAAAGGGGAUAAAUGCAAUUACAUCAUCUCUCAAUUACAUUGGAAAUGCUCUUGAGGAAGGCAUGACAGUGGUGGAGAAUCGAACUGCUGACAUCAUUCAAGAAACACGCAAAUUACAUAUAAAGAAAAAGCCUGAAGAAAUUCCACCUUCAAAGCAAAUACUAAAAAUGGAAUCCGAUACAGAAAUUCAACUGAAAGCCUCACGCGACGUAUCAAUGGCAAUGGCAGCAAAAGCAAAGGUUUUACUACGUGAGCUGAAAACAGUGAAGGCGGAUCUUGCGUUUGCAAAGGAGAGAUGUGGUCAGUUAGAAGAGGAAAACAGAAGCCUUAGAGAGACUGGUGGUGAAGGAGGUCGCCUUGAAGAUGAUGAUUUGAUUCGACUCCAACUUGAGUCGCUUUUAGCAGAGAAAGCACGGUUGGCACAAGAGAACUCGGUGUAUGCAAGGGAGAAUCGGUUUCUUAGGGAGAUUGUUGAAUACCAUCAAUUGACCAUGCAAGAUGUGGUGUACAUUGAUGAAACUAAAGAAGAGGUUUCACAAGUGUACCCUAUCAACAAUAUGCCAUUCACAUCAACUCCUCAAAACACAAAUCAGCAUGUUAUUGUUACACCUACAAACCCCUUUCUUGUAAACCCUGAGGAUCAACAAAACAAUUCUCCUAUGUGAAUUGUAAUUGUAAUGUAAUUGUUCAAUUUGCAAGUAUUUUUUGGUGCAUGUAUUCAAUGGUUAACCAUCAAUGUAAACUUGAACACCUUUCAUCUGUGUCAUGUUAUUAUAUGU